UUAACGAAGUAUAAUGUCCUCUUGUCAAAACAAAAAUUUAUGGGAAAACCUUCAUCAACUUAUAGUGCUUGUAUUUCAUCCUUAAAUUUAAUUUGGAUUACCACAAAAAAUCAUUAUUUUAGAAAAAUCUUUUAACAAAUCAAAAUGAACAGAUUAUUUGGUAAAGCUAAACCUAAAGAACCCGGCCCAAGUAUUGAUGAUUGUAUAAAAGGAGUUGAUGCACGAGCUGAAUCAGUUGAAAAAAAAAUUCAAGUCCUUGAAAAUGACUUGAGAAAAUUCAGAGACCAGAUGUCGAAAAUGCGAGAAGGACCAGGCAAGAACGCUGUAAAAGCUAAGGCUCUUAGAAUUUUGAAACAGAAAAAAAUGUAUGAACAACAGCUUGAUAAUUUAAGGGGUCAAUCGUUCAACAUGGAACAAGCGAAUUACGCCAACCAAGCAUUGAAAGAUACUCAUGCCACAGUCGUAGCCAUGAAAGAUGGUAUGACUCAAAUGAAAAAAGAAUUCAAGAAGAUAAACAUUGAUGAUAUAGAGGAUGUCCAAGAUGAAUUGGCUGAUAUGAUGGAACAAGCUAAUGAAGUACAAGAAGCUCUAGGAAGGAGUUACAACACCCCUGAACUUGAUGAAGAUGAAUUGAACGCAGAACUGGAAGCUCUGGGGGAUGAAAUGGCCUUAGAUGACGAUACUAGUUAUUUAGAUAAUGUAUUAAAUGCCCCUGAAGCACCAAGCAACAAACCUGAAGCUGCAACUAACAAAAAUAAGGAUGGCGUUCCUGUUGAUGAAUUCGGAUUGCCCCAAAUUACAAAUACACAUUAAUCAUAGAUUUAAGAGACUAAACAGCUUUUCUGCUUUUCACAUUUUUUAAAGUAGUUAUGAAUGUGCUAAUUCUAAGUAUCUACAAAGAGAUUAUUUAAAAUUUGUUAUGUGUUUCAAGAAUUUUUUAGAUUAUUUUUACAGUUAUAUAUCUAUAAAUUGUUCGAAUAUAUAUUCUAACUGA